AUGCCUUCAAUGGAAUCGCCCACAGCAGCAAACUGGAAGCACUCGUUUCUCUAUCUGGGUUUUCUCUACUCACUUCUCUGCUUCCUCCACAACCAAAUCUCUCACAAUUUACUCAUAGGCCAUCGGCCUGUGAGAGUUAAGAAGACCAGCCCAGAUCUUCCCCUUCGCUUCCGGUCUGAUGGCACCUUCAAAAUCCUGCAGGUGGCUGAUAUGCAUUAUGGAAAUGGAGCCUUGACUCGCUGCAGAGACGUUUUGGACUCGGAGUUUGAGCACUGCUCUGAUCUCAAUACGUCUCGCUUCUUGAAGAGGAUGAUCGAAGCUGAAAAGCCUGAUUUCAUUGCUUUUACAGGAGAUAAUAUAUUUGGGUCAAGCUCUGUUGAUGCUGCUGAAUCCUUGUUUAGAGCAUUUGGUCCUGCCAUUGAAUCAGGACUUCCAUGGGCAGCAAUUUUAGGCAACCACGACCAAGAAUCUACGAUGAAUCGUGAAGAACUGAUGUCUUUUAUCUCCCUUAUGGAUUAUUCAGUUUCACAAAUUAAUCCAUCAGCUGAAGAUUUCUCUGAUCUUGCCAGAGGAAGCAGGAAAAAAAUUGAUGGCUUUGGAAAUUAUGAUCUGAGAGUAUAUGGUGCCCCAGGUUCCCAUUUGGCAAACAGCAGCAUCCUCAAUCUUUUCUUUCUUGACAGUGGAGACAGGGAGACUGUUCAAGGAGUUCGAACUUAUGGUUGGAUUAAGGAAUCUCAACUCGAUUGGCUUCACGGCAUUUCUCAGGGAUAUCAGGAUAAACCACCGGCGCUUGCAUUCUUCCAUAUCCCAAUUCCAGAGGUCCGGCAGCUGUGGUACAAAAAGAUUGUUGGUCAGUUUCAGGAGGCUGUGGCAUGUUCAUCGGUGAACUCAGGAGUUUUGCAGACCCUUGUAUCCAUGCGAGAUGUGAAAGCUGUGUUCAUGGGACAUGAUCAUAACAAUGACUUUUGUGGGGAUCUGGAGAAUAUUUGGUUUUGUUACGGUGGGGGCUUUGGAUACCAUGGUUAUGGAAAGGCAGGGUGGCGAAGGAGAGCAAGGGUCAUAUUGGCAGAACUCGGGAAGGGGGAGAAAGGGUGGACGGGAGUUGAGAGGAUUAAGACAUGGAAGCGUCUCGACAAUGAUAAACUGAGCAAGAUUGAUGAGCAAUUGUUGUGGGAAUAUUAG